AUGGCACAACACCCAGAGUUUGAGCGGGCUGGAAAGAAGCAGGGUCUCCAGGUGUGGCGGGUGGAGAACUUUGACCUGGUUCCUGUUCCUGAGAACCUGUAUGGGGGAUUUUACACAGGAGAUGCAUACAUCAUCCUCAACACCAUCAAGCAACGCUCAGGAAACCUGCAGUAUGAUCUCCAUUUCUGGUUGGGUGAUUUCAGCACACAGGAUGAGAGAGGCUCAGCGGCCAUCUUCACAGUCCAAAUGGAUGAUUUCCUCGGGGGGAAACCCAUCCAGUAUCGGGAAGUCCAGGGACAUGAGUCUAAAACCUUCCUAGGCUAUUUCAAAUCUGGGCUCAAGUACAUGAAAGGCGGUGUGGCAUCAGGUUUCAAGCAUGUCGUCACCAAUGAGGUGGUUGUACAGAGAGUCCUCCAGGUUAAAGGUCGUCGUGUUGUUAGGGCAACAGAGGUGCCAGUCAGCUGGGAUAGCUUCAACCAGGGAGACUGCUUCAUUCUGGACUUGGGAGAUGAAAUCUAUCAGUGGUGUGGCUCCCAGAGUAAUCGGUUUGAGAAGCUGAAGGCCACACAGGUUGCCAAGGGCAUCCGUGACAAUGAGCGCAGUGGCAGGGCUCGUGUUUACGUCUGUGAUGAGGGGAGGGAAAGAGAGAAGAUGAUAGAGGUCUUAGGAGAAAAACCAGAUCUGCCUCUUGGAGCUUCUGAUGACAUCAAAGCUGAUGCAUCCAACAGAAAGAGGGCCAAACUAUACAAGGUGUCCAAUGCAAGUGGAGGUAUGACUAUUGCACUGGUGGCUGAAGAGAACCCGUUCCCACAAAGCGCUCUUGAGUCAGGCGACUGUUUCAUUCUGGACCAUGGCUCUGAUGGCAAGAUCUAUGUAUGGAAAGGUCAAGAUGCCAACAUGGACGAGCGAAAGGAGUCGAUCAAAGCGGCUGAGGAGUUCAUCAAGAAGAUGGGUUACCCCAAACACACUGAAGUGCAGAUCCUGCCCGAGAUGGGCGAGACUCCGCUCUUCAAGCAGUUUUUCAAGAACUGGAGAGAUAAAGACCAAACCGUGGGAUUGGGUGUGGCCUACAUUGCUAACAGCAUCGCCAGGAUUGAGAAGGUGCCUUUUGACGCUGCGUGUCUGCACGAUUCUCCCGCCAUGGCAGCCCAGCACGGCAUGGUCGAUGACGGCAGUGGAGAGAAAAAGAUCUGGCGUAUUGAAGGAUCUGACAAGGUGCCAGUUGACCCGUCCACAUACGGCCAGUUCUUCGGCGGAGACAGUUACAUCAUCCUUUAUAACUACCAUCAUGGAGGACGUCAUGGACAUAUCAUCUACAUGUGGCAGGGAAUGGAUUCCAGCCAAGAUGAAAUUGGGGCCUGUGCUGUCCUCGGUGCCCACCUUGAUGAGGAGCUUGGUGGUGGUCCUGUUCAGGUGAGGGUAGUGCAGGGUAAGGAGCCAGCCCACCUGAUGAGUCUAUUUGGAGGACAGCCAAUGGUGGUCUACAAGGGUGGAACGUCCAGGGAAGGAGGUCAGUCAGCUCCAGCAGAGACUCGCCUCUUCCAGGUGCGCUCCAACUCGGCGGGACACACAAGAGCUGUGGAGGUUGAUGCAGUUGCAGCCAACCUGAACUCCAAUGAUGCUUUUAUUCUGGUGAGCCCUGGAGGUUCCUUCCUGUGGGUGGGAGUGGGUGCCAGUGACACUGAGAAGACAGGAGCGCAGCAACUGUGUGACAUCCUAGGAGUGACACCUUCCGAGGUGCAAGAGGGAGGGGAGACAGUGAAUUUCUGGGAUGCGAUUGGUGGAAAGGAUGCAUAUCGCACUUCUACUAGACUUAAGGACAAGAUGGACGCUCAUCCUCCUCGACUCUUUGCUUGCUCCAACAAGACUGGAAACUUCAUUAUUGAAGAGGUACCUGGUGAGAUGACCCAGGAUGACCUCGCCACCGAUGAUGUCAUGAUCCUCGACACCUGGGAGCAGGUGUUUGUCUGGAUUGGCAACGAGGCCCAAGAGGAAGAGAAGACCGAAGCGAUGGCAUCUGCGGUGCGUUACAUCGAGACAGACCCGGCCAACAGGGACCGUAGGACGCCCAUUGUGAAAAUCAAGCAGUGCUUCGAGCCGCCCACCUUCACUGGCUGGUUCCUGGGCUGGGACCAUGACUACUGGACCAGCGACCCGCUGGAGCGCGCCAUGGCUGAACUGGCCGUGUGA